AGUAUACGCUGUGGCAGAUUCCAUGCCACUCUCGAUUUAACUGCUUAAACCUUUUUGUGAGAAAUCAGCUGGAUUGUCAAGUCCCACCAACAUAUUGAGGUGCGGUGAUCACACACACACCUAGCUGUGACGGAAGCACAGCAACACCCGAUCACAGCAGCAGGUAUACCAGUGCUGACCUCUAGCGAGUGUUCCAUUCACGCGCUUGACUUGUGUAUCUGGGCCAGCGUGAUGUGCCGGGUCUAGGUAGCUAGGCCAGUUCACACAAGUGGCAUUGUUGCUUAGGAGCAGUCAGGCAGAACCACUGUAAGGGAGAGAUACUCUGGAUACUCCACCUGUCACCCUGUCUCUGGCUACAUACACUACUGACAGUCACUGGGAUGGAAUAGGCCUGCUAGCUCCCUCAGUUUCAACUAACACCCUCCACCCUUCUACCAUCAUCAGCCGACAAGCCAUAGCCAGCCUCCAUUCAACACCUAUGCUAGCCCAAGUUUGAGCUUUGAGCAAGGCCUGUGAGCACCAAAGCCAAGCAAGGAAGCAGCAAGCAGCAAGUGCGAGAGGAAGAGCGAGCAUGGGGAAGAGCAACAGUAAACUGAAGCCUGAGAUUCUGGAGGAUCUCCGCCAGAAUACAAGCUUCACAGACGAGGAACUCCAGGAAUGGUAUAAAGGAUUCCUCAAAGACUGUCCAAGUGGACACCUCUCUGUAGAUGAAUUCAAGAAAAUAUAUGGAAACUUUUUUCCGUAUGGAGAUGCAUCGAAAUUUGCUGAGCAUGUGUUCCGCACAUUUGACACAAAUAGUGACGGUACAAUAGACUUCCGUGAGUUUAUGUGUGCGCUCAGUGUGACAUCAAGAGGGAAGCUGGACCAGAAGCUAAAGUGGGCAUUCAGCAUGUACGAUCUGGAUGGUAAUGGAUACAUUUCUAGGAAUGAAAUGCUGGAGAUUGUUCAAGCAAUUUACAAGAUGGUCGGCACAGUUAUGAAAAUGCCUGAGGAUGAAUCAACACCGGAGAAACGUACCGACAAAAUCUUCCGACAAAUGGAUAAAAACCUGGAUGGGAAGUUGUCUUUGGCAGAAUUUAUUGAAGGUGCCAAAAGUGAUCCUUCAAUUGUGCGUCUGCUUCAAUGUGAUACUCACUCCCAGAGUUGAGUGGGGCGUAUUUGGUUCUUUUCUAUGUAGAUCUAUCACCAUAUUCUGGGGUUGCCUCCUCUUCAAUUGCCUCUUGCGGAGCCUUGUGACUCAAGAAGGUAUCUCAGUCCAGGCAAUGGCAGGCAUAAUGGCGGCCACCUUGUGUUACUGUUUUGUUCAGGCUCCAAUGCUGUAUAUAUUCACUGUACAAGGACAGCCAAAUGCUGUGAAGAAUGAACUGAUACUGUAUUCCACACACCCCCAUUAUAACUUGGGAGAAAGAUGGUCUCAGUGGUGUUCCUACUGUAUACUAUUUUCCACGUGUUUGUUGUUAGAGAUUUGUAUGUAUGUGAAUAUAGGGAAACUUCAUCUAAACAUGUUGAUUUGGCUUCUGAUUUGAAAUUGAAUGCUGUUUUUCUAUGAUUGAGUUGAAUUUGUUGUGAGGACAUCAUUUCCAUACUUAACAUUCUGAGAUGUGUUUGUACAGCAAAUAAUUACAAUUAUUUAUAAUUGAUAAUAUAUGAAGUUAUUGAUAUUCAUGAGAUGUUUAUAUUCUGCAAUAUAAAUAUAUAUAUAUAUAUAUAUAUCAGAGGAUGAGUAUAAAAUGACUUUUAAGAAUAUUGACUGUGUUGUCUGAGCUUUUUUAUAAUAGUCCCGAGUGUAUUUACUUCUCCAUCAACACUGAUGAACUAGAUACACAGCAGCAUGAGUCUAGUCCAUAGCACAGAAAUAACUAACCAGACAUUGAUUAACCUAUCAUAGAAAGCAAGCCUUUAUUCAUUGUGGUGCAUCAUGAAAAUCCAUGUCAACUUGAAAGCACAGUUAUUCAUAAGCACCUGCUGUGUUCCUGUGAAAGGUGUUUGGUCGAGGGCAGAUAAUGUAUCAAAAAUAUCUUGACAGGGAUCUGAUAUAAGUAUAUAAAAUUAUUCAUUUAGGAUGUUCAUUCCAUGAAUGUCUGUACUAUUACGUUUUGCCAGAUCAAUUCUAUUUCUUGUGUUAGAUGUAUCCUGGAUGAAAAUGCCAAGACACAGUGUCGAGGUAAAGAAUAAGACGGUCAUGGUUGAUCGGAAUGUAAUUUCAUGUAGUAAACUCCAUAUAGAUGCAACAAGAGUGCAAACAAAAAAAACAUUACAUCAGCGUUCGAAAUACCUUCCUGUCUGACUGCCGGGGAUGGGUUAUUUUCAACACAGACUGAGAUUCUCAGAUUCACCUCAAUCGGGUUUGAAAUUUAGAUAUGUAUCAAAUUUUCAGGAUAAUAAAUCAUUAUUAAUUCAC